AUGCAAGUAGCAGAGAUCCUCUCCGAUCUGACAUCCCUGCGCGUCUGUGACUACCAUGACGCCCUCGCUCUCGUUACCGUCAAUGAGCGAAUCCCCCAAACCACAGACCAACUAAACCUCAAAGCAACAGGCACAACCCCAUCAGACUCUGGAUUAGAUUCAGGAAGCUGCGAAAACGAGGAUCUCCGUCGCGCAAAAGAACUCGUCGACUUGCACUACGAGUUCAAGGCCCGUCAUGCGCUAGGCACGGUUGAUGAGGAACUCUCGCGUGCAAGGGAGGAAGUAGCCCGAGUGCUAAGGGAACUUAGCUAG